AGGCUCGAAGGCUUCAGAAAAAGGUCACAAACCCAAGCCAUGGCGGCAUAUGCGCCGUCUGACCUUCGGACGCGACGUUCAAACUUUGGUGCCUCUGGCUGGAGCUCGGAGAACACCUUCGAUGAAAAGCCAGACCGGCACGACAGCAUGCCGCUGUGGAAGCUACCCCGACACCUGCAGGUUACAUUUGUGCUACUCUUUGUCACGGCCAUGUUUCUGCAUGCUGACCAAAACCUUGCGGCACCAAAUCUAUCAGCAAUUGCAAAUGACUUUCAGAUGACGCCCAUGCAGAAGGACUCACGUCUUGGUGGUCUUGUUCAGUUUGGCUUCUUCCUCGUGGGCGGUGCGGUAUCUGUGCUGGUCGGCCCAGCAGCAGAUCAAUUUGAUCGGAUUUCGGUGCUUUGUGGAGUUGUUCUUUGUGGCGCACUGCCCUCUUUGCUCAUGAGUCUCAUGGUCCCAUCUUCAAAGGCAGGAUUCUUCUACUUCUUCAUGGCAAGGAUUUGUACGGGGGUGGCAAUUGGAGGCUCCUUUCCAGUCCUUUUUGCAUUUUCUGCCGAUGUUUUCCCUCCUUCGCAACGGACGUUGAUUUCUGGAGCCUUGAACGCUGCUGGAAAUAUUGGAGCUGCUCUUGGCGGUCUCAUGUCUGGUGUCAUUGGACCAACUUACGGCUGGAGACUUCCCUUCACAAUCAUUGCCAUACCGACAUUGGUUUGCGCCGCUCUGGUACGCCUUUGUCUAUCUGAUCCCCGCACACAACAAAAGGCGAAAGCGAAGCGUGAAGAGCCAGUGAUGAACGAGGCCUUCUCGGCUUGGAUGGGAGGUUCUGAAAUUAGAGGGGAAGGCCUCAGCAUGGAAGACCUGGAUUUGACGAAGUUUCAGAAAGUCUUUGCAGUAAAGUCGAAUGUCUUGGUAUUUGCGCAGGCCCUUCCUGGCUGCAUACCUAUUUCGGUGAUCGUAACAUUCUUGGCCGACUACUUGGCAACAGAUCAGGGCAUGGCCGUGGAGGCAUCAACUGCAAUCACGGCCAUCUUUGGGAUGAGCUGCCUUUGCUUUGGUGUCACUGGUGGCUUUCUUGGACAAAGAUUAUGGAACCUCAGGCAAAAGAACAUGAAAUAUUUCUGCAUGCUGACUGCAAGUGGCAUGCUUGUUGCACCAUUGCCGUUUAUGCUUCUGGUGAAUUCCUCGCAGGAUAGGACUUGCAAUCUCUUGAAGAGGUUGAUUCCGACUUCUUGCAUUGGAAUGACAAGAGAAUUGCAACGCCAACAGCAUUACAGAAAACGUUCCGGUUCGAUUUUGCUCACACUGCAGGCCUUGAUCACAACACCAGCUGGGCGCCCGACAAUGUUUGCUUUUUUUCUUGCACUCUGUGGUGGCUCUGCUGCUCUAGCAGGCC